CCAACACAUGGCAAAUGCAUUGCAAAAACAUGGAGGAGCACUUUGAACUGAACCCUAACUCGGUGACCGAACUCAGUGAGUCCUCGACGCCAUCUCACGAAGACGACGACACACCUGUUCUGAGCUCACAAGCUCUCGCCGCUCUCAAAGAAUUUCUCUCCGAGCAGCAGAGUAACUCCGACGCGGGAGACUCCGAGGUUUCUCUUCUAUCUGAAGAUUGGAGACUGAGUCAGUUCUGGUACGAUGCAGAAACUGCAAAUACGGUUUCCGAAGAAGUUCUCACUCUCUGCAAUGGCGUUGAUUCUCGUGUUGCCUGCAUCGCUUGCCCUACCCUCUAUGCUUACCUCAAGAAAAUGGAUCCCAACGCUUCAGUGCAACUUCUUGAGUACGACAAACGUUUUGAGCAAUAUGGAAGUGAUUAUACGUUCUAUGACUACAAUCACCCUGAGGAGUUACCAUCAGAAUUGAAGCAUUCGUACAAAGUUAUAGUUGUUGAUCCUCCUUACUUGAGCAAAGAGUGCUUGGAGAAAGUUGGUGAAACAAUUUCUUUUCUCAGACAACCCGGAGAGUCAUUUUUGCUUCUACUCACAGGUGAAGUGCAGAAAGAAAGGGCAGCUGAGAUAUUGGGCUUGCGUCCUUGUGGUUUUAGGCCUCAUCAUUCCAGCAAACUUGGAAAUGAAUUUCGGCUGUUCUCAAACUAUGACCCUGGAACGAGACUAGGAGGGUGGGAAAAAUAGGUGCUUUUCCUUUGCUUGCUUUGAUGUUCCUAAAUUAAUCACCCUGAGUUGAAUUUAUUUUCACCCAACAAUUGCUCUCACCCUAGAUUAUAGGGUCUUAAAUAUAAGACAAAAUUAGAUGAACAAUUGGUUUAAAAUUUAAAUUAAAAUAUUUUAAAUUAAAUAUAUCCAUUUAUGACCAGAAAGAGUAUCUCAUAUAUGCCAUGGAAUGUGAAUAUACAUGACCAGGUAUAUGAAAAUGCUUGUGAAAAAUAUGGUUUAUGAUGUUGAUAUACUCUGCAGUUGAUCAAUGCUCUGCAAUUGAUGUUGGUAUUUACGUUUAUAGAUUGGCGACCCAAAUUAAAUCUUUUA